AUGAAUCUGAUUCAACCUCCGUCGGCAAGACCAAUGCCAGAAUCAACGCAGCACUAUGGACUCGCAGAAGAGGAAUACGCUGACCACCCGUUUCAACUGCUGGUUCUUUGUAUUUUCCUCAAUAGAACUCGAGGCGAGCGCGCCAUCCCUGCAGCCCGACGCUUUUUUCUACAAUUUCCAGACCCGGAACAUCUUGCACGAGCCAAAUACGAUGAGACUGUCUUAUUCUUCCAGGACCUGGGAUUACAUCGUCGAGCCGGAUGGGUCAUUGAUUUGGCGAAAGACUGGCUAUCUCAGCCGCCCAAAGCCGGCGUUAUAUAUCUAAAGUCAUAUAACGGGAAGAUCACCGUUGAAUCGGAGGUGGCUCAUUUAAAGGGUGUUGGGAAAUAUGCGAGUGAUGCUUGGAGGAUCUUCUGCAAGGAUGAACUCUAUAGACAAGCAGGGUUCGAUGUGGACGAGCCAGAAUGGACAAAAGUCCUGCCUGAGGACAAGGAGCUCCGCAAGUACAUGACUUGGAAGCGUGCAGCUUCUCAGAUACCGAGCUUGGGCAAGGAGGAUCAAGAAGCAGAAGAGCUAUUGACAGGGUUGCAGAAACUGUCACUUGGAGAUUCUGUUCAAGUCUGUGGCAUGUUCUCGGACACUGGUCCACCAUGUCUCCCAAGAGCGUAG